AAAACAUUUAUCAAAUACGCUAGUGCUUCCUGUCAUAACCUAUACGAAGAAAGAGAUUUUAGAGCAUCCGGUUUCAGAGGCAUUCCUGCUGUUCCUUUGUCAAACUUCUGGAAGGUGGUGCUACUAACAGCCACAGCCGGAAAAGAAGGGCUAAAGAGACCAUUGGACUUUUUGAAUCUCGAAGACGUCGAGUUGUGGGACAUGAUAAAGGAGAUGCCAUUGCAACAUGUGGAAAAGACUUUUGAGAAAGUCAAGCAGGGGCAGCUUGAUACUAUUGCAUUGCAAUACAUAAACGAACAGCAAGACGGAAAGGUGAUUGUUGUACUGGGGGAGAAAGCAAGAGUGGAGGAGUUUGCUUUGAAUCUGGAUGUCGAUUGCAUCUGGGUCCAUGGUGAUCUCGAAGCUAAGGAAAAGGUGAAGAGGAUACAGAACUUUAAAAACCAGGAUACCAAGGUGCUAGUGGGAACAAAGCUGGUUUGCGAGGGCAUUGACAUAGCCGAGGUACGACUGGUGCUUCUUGUGGGGUACGUGCCGCCAGUGUCGACAUACAUCCAGAUGGCAGGACGUUUGAGAAAGGCGGGGAGGUGCGUGACACUCUGGAACAAACGGUCGUUACACAAAGAUUCCAUGCGUGUGCGGAACUACGCCAAGGCGAUAAGGGAGUUCUAUGGGUUGGAGGAGGAAGCAGGUGAGGAGACCGCAGGUGGGGAGAUCGGAGGUGAGCCGGGUCUUGAUGAUGACGAAACUACAGGUGUAAUGGGUCUUGGUGAUGACGAAACUUCAGGUGGAAUAGGUACUCGUGAUCAAGAAACUACCGGUGAUCUUGGCAUUGCUGAUGUACAACCUGAAAAUAGACCGCUAAGAGAUACACACGACAACACAAGUCAAAUAAUGAGUUGUGAAGAUCCGACAACAGGUACAGCGGAUAAUGCUCGCGAGAACAUUUCUUCUCUUGUAUAUCAAGAAACUAUCUCCUCUGGUAGUCCUUACGCCUCUAUCGACCCCUCCUCGACGAGCGAAAGUAUUCUCUCGCCUCCCCCCUUCGCGAGCUUAAUAGGGGAGGGCUUCUCAAGCAGUGCGCUUUUCCCAUAUUGAUACCAUGCAAUCGUUAAGUUUUUCUCCUUACUACGCGUUUUUUUCAACUACAUUCGUUUACCAACUAAGUGUUUUUUCUUCCCAACUUGUUUUAAAACCAAAUUUGUUUUUUCAAGUAAUACCACAUGGAUCCUGUUAGUGGUGGCACUCCUACGUUAG